CCCAGUAGAGUAAUCAAAGGUCAGAGAUAGCAAUCAAAACGAGACCGUUUAGUUUCCGUAUGGUGGGAGACCAUUUAAACGACGCCACUGUCUUUAAACGACGCCAUUUCGAAGAUGGUCAACAAUGGUGGGAGAAGUUGGAAGCGCUGAACAAGGGAAGAGACUUCCUCGGGAUCUUAUUUAAUCCUCUAUAAACGGCGUCGUUGCAAGGUUAGGUGAGUUAAUGAAAAAGACAGAUCGGCGACGGGCCGUGUCUUCCAUUACUUUAUAAAUAUAACAUAUCUUCUCUCUCUCGCUCGUUCACAUGUCUUGAAAUUAUUCCGAGAGAUUUGGGGAAUCAAAAGAUAAGAUAAGACAUCCUUCAAAUAUCUUCCUCUCCUUGCAGCUUCUUCCUGUGAAUUACUCUUUCAUCCAAAAGAUUCAUCUAAAGAGUUAGAAGAAUCACAACAUGUUGGAGAAAGAGUUUUUCACCGAGUAUGGUGAAGCAAGCCAAUACCUGAUCCAAGAAGUUGUCGGAAAAGGAAGCUACGGUGUUGUUGCCUCUGCCGAAUGUCCACACACUGGCGGCAAAGUGGCGAUCAAGAAGAUGACUAAUGUCUUUGAGCAUGUCUCUGAUGCGAUACGGAUACUCAGGGAGAUUAAGCUGCUCAGGCUUCUUAAACAUCCUGAUAUCGUGGAGAUUAAACAUAUCAUGCUGCCUCCUUGUCGGAAGGAGUUCAAGGAUAUCUAUGUUGUCUUUGAGUUGAUGGAGUCGGAUCUUCACCAUGUCUUAAAGGUAAAUGAUGACCUCACUCCUCAGCAUCAUCAAUUCUUCUUGUACCAACUUCUUCGUGGCUUAAAAUUCAUGCACUCAGCGCAUGUUUUCCAUAGAGAUCUGAAGCCUAAAAACAUCCUCGCUAAUGCUGAUUGCAAAAUCAAGAUCUGUGAUUUAGGACUUGCUCGUGUCUCCUUCACUGAUUCCCCUUCUGCUGUUUUUUGGACUGACUAUGUUGCUACAAGAUGGUACCGUGCUCCAGAGCUUUGUGGUUCCUUCUAUUCCAACUACACGCCAGCGAUUGACAUGUGGAGCGUUGGCUGCAUAUUUGCGGAGAUGCUAACUGGGAAGCCCUUGUUUCCUGGCAAAAACGUUGUGCAUCAGCUUGAACUCGUCACGGAUCUGCUUGGAACACCUUCGCCGAUAACUCUAUCCAGGAUUCGGAAUGAGAAGGCUAGAAAGUAUUUGAGUAACAUGAGGCGAAAGGAACCUGUUCCUUUCACCCAUAAGUUUCCCAAUAUUGAUCCUGUGGCGUUGAAGUUGCUUCAGCGUUUAGUUGCUUUUGACCCAAAGGACCGUCCCUCUGCUGAAGAGGCAUUGGCUGAUCCGUAUUUUCAAGGAUUGGCAAAUGUGGACUACGAACCUUCAAGGCAACCUAUCUCGAAGCUCGAGUUUGAGUUUGAAAAGAGGAAGUUGACUAGGGAUGAUGUGAGAGAGCUCAUGUAUAGAGAGAUUUUGGAGUACCAUCCACAGAUGUUGCAAGAGUACUUACACGGGGAAGAGAACAUCAAUUCUCAUUUUAUGUACCCGAGCGGAGUUGACCAGUUCAAACAAGAGUUUGCAAGACUGGAAGAACAUGACGAUGAUGAGGAGGAACGUAACUCCCCACCAAUCCAGAGGAAGUACACUUCACUUCCAAGAGAACGGGUGUGCUCAUCAGAGGACGAGGGUGGUGAUUCGGUUCACGCCCACGCCCAACCGUCUUCGUCUUCAGUGGUGUUUACACCUCCACAUACUCCCAACACAGAGACUGGGUUAUCAUCAAAGAAGACAGCACAAGCAGAGAAAGCAGCAGCAACUCCGGUUAAACGGUCUGCUUGUCUAGUGAGGAGUGAUAGUAUCUGUGCUUCCAGAUGUGUCGGCGUCUCUUCUGCAGUGUCUUAG